CUUAUGAUGGGAUAUGCCAAGUGUGGACACUGGUCUUUGACAAUUACCAAACGUGUACCUUCCCUUUAAAGCAUAUCGCGCCACUCUACAGUAGCCUACUAGCAAACAAGCCCGGUUAUACCGGUGCGCGCUGGUCCCGCUUGCGGACAUGCACAAAACAAGUUUUCUGGCGAUGGCCGGCAUGGCACGGGUUUGGGACUUGAGUCAAGUCUAGGUAACAACCUGCCACGCAGGCUUGAUAUCACUUUUUUGUAUCCAUUCAGAGCACAGCUUUCACUGUAGACGUAAUAGAGUAAUUCCUAAUGGACCAUUGUCGUAUGUAUUGUUAAGCCAUGCUUUAGAUAUUCAUAUUUGAUAUGUUUACGACGAUCGCCACAAGUCAUUAUUGUGUGACGGUUGCUGACAUACAGGAGCACACCCGAGAAGACACAUUCCCUGUAUCGAAUACGUGUUGAAUAAUCAGAAUGCAGUGCUAUUAACGGACGUUUGAAAGAAAGUGCUUGUUAUCCAUCAUAGAUACAUCUUCAUGGGUUGACGAGCUUACAAGAGAUUAUAACGACCAGUUUGAUGACUCAAACAACGAGCAGCUUCUGAAGAGCUACACCUCAAACGAUUCUUAGAGUGGGAUACAAAACACCAUGGCGACCCUAAACGAAAAGAACUUGGAGCAAUUUAAUAAGCAGGAUGGUAGUGUCAAGUCCCGUCGCCAGUCCGUCGUGUCACGUAAAAGCUCCAUCAGCUUGUCUACGAUAGGCGACGGUGGCGGCACUGGCCGUUGGCGGCGUCUGUCACGAGCCUACUCCAACUCCCUCGGUAACCCAAACUUCCGUGUGGCUACGGUCCGAUCUUCGGAUACCCCAGCUGCAGCCAGUAAACCACUGGUCCGGUUCGAAAACACUUUCAAAAUGAACCCGGACACCGGAACCAAAUUCUCCCCCGGAGUAGUCGAGAAAGUUGCCCAGCAGGUCCUCGAAGCGAACCUGACGGACAAGACGCGAUAUGAACCGCGGACUUGCUCCAUCUUCACCCAGAGAAUCGCCGAGGAAAUUAAGAUGAGGGUUAAGGAGUUGAAGAUACCACGCUAUAAGAUAGCCACUCAGGUGUUCAUUGGAUCGGUGAGCGGCCAGUGCCAGCAGAUGGUCAGCCGUGCUGUCUGGAACACUGAUACCGACAACUUUGCCACUUGUACAUAUCAGAACAGCUCCCUCUACGCCGUGGCACUGAUCCACUGUACCUAUUAUGAGUAAACAAAAAGACGACUUCUUUCUGAAAUAAUAACAUCCGAGAGGCAAAUGUUGAAUCUUCGGUCAUAUUGAAUCCAUUCCCCGUUUCGUUUUUACGAUCGGACGCUUUCGGGUGGACGCACAUGGUAAACAUCUGGAAUAACAACAUUUGAAGCAAUUCAAUAACGCGGGUUAUUCUAGUCUCCAGCUCAUGUUCGAUCAUAGAGUAAAGACAGAGAUACUCUAUGGUACGAUUCAUAUGAUGAACAAUCUGGCGGCAGAGGGCGCAGUUCCCCGUUAAUUGUUGGGGUCCGUAAUGACCAGUGAAAUUUCGACUGGCAAACUCAUUUUGGACAAAAACUAGCCAUUUCGAACUUCCCACUCACCGUUUGACGCCCAUACAAGCACACUUCUGACUGCAGUGAGACUUCUUGUUAUAACCAAAUUAUGCACAUAUCUAUGAAAAUUUCAUAUAUGUUAAUAUUGGUGUGAGAGUAUUAAAAAUUGAUCUCAGUCAUUAAGGUUAUGAAAUCUUUUGUAUAAUUAAUACUAUCAGUUUCUCAUUAUACCUCGCUUGUAUAGAAAACAAAGGCUACGCACAAAAAAAUCCAUGCAUUGAAAACUUUUCUCUGUGCUCCAUGUUAUUGAUGCUCCAUGAUGCAACUAACAUUCUCUACGUUGCAUUUCUGGAUUUGAGCUCCAAUAGUCAUAAUGUAUAAUGCAGAAAAGCUACUUGUAGUUGUACUUUUAUUGUAUAUAGCCUUAUCUACAGAAGACAGGCAGAAUCGACACUGAUAUUCUUAUAGUCUUUAAAAUUAGCUGUGGUUUGAACGAAGACAGAUUUAUUAAUGUUAGAGAGGGAUUGAACACCUGACCACUGGAAUAGUGUCAUGCGCUCUUCCAACCGAGGUAAUCCCUAAUGUUCGGGGUCUCCCUACAAUGUCAAUAUCUUUGUUAAAUGGUGCCAGUCAGAAGCUAUUCAACUUGUAACUGUUGUGUAUAGACCGUACUGAAUAACCCCUGUAUUGCUAUGAAAGUCGCCAUCUUGUAGGGCAAACCGUAUGCAGUUCCAAAAGCGUGAAUCGAUGAAGCACGCAGCACGCAACAUUCCCAGUUUGAUUUCUACGGCACAUGCACGCACACACCCACGCUCACAGACGCCAUGUUGAAGGGCAGAUAUUUUAACGGGUGACGUCAUAUUCAAUAUACGGUCUAUAGCCAGGGAUCAUUCCCAAAUUCACAAUACAACUAAGUUGUAUAGGAAGUGGCAGCAGAGGGAUCACCUAUGGGAUUCGACUGUUUGUAAUAAACCACAAGGGAAACUGACAGUCUCAACUCCUACAGCUGAUAGUCACAAAACACUUUUGUAUUAUUAGGUGAUCUUUUAAAUUAAGCUUUAUGAUGAUCACAAUAAAAAAUAGGAGGGUGACCACUGACCAGCUACCGCACAUAUAAUAUAUGCUUCCAUAUACAUGUACAGUCUUUUGAGUACCAAUCAUACGGUUAUGUUGGCCACAAUACUGUCUUUGAUUAAUUGGUCAUUUUUGUAAAACAGCGGUUUGUACAAAACUAGUAGACUUCCACAUAUAGUGCUGUUGACAGUGGUGGAAAAAAAAGAGUCAAAAAGUUUUUAAAAGCCACGCAUGACAGCAUAGUAAAAUAUAAUAUUACUUUUUUUUUAAACCUUUAUUUAAAGCAAAUGCACAAAUUAAAAAAACAGUUCCAUUUAAAUAUUCUUCUAUAAACUCUACAAUUUACUGUGGUUAUACAAUGGUGAUUAAGUCCAGGUGGUGUUAAAAACUACAGUAAAGAAGGCAGUAACUAUACGAAGGUCUCAAGGGGUGAAUUUCACAAAGAGUUAAAGACAGUGGACACUAUUGGUAAAUGUCAAAGACCAGUGUUCUCAUUUGCUGUA